GGCGGGACUUCCGGCUGUCGCCUCGGCUCGGCCAAAUUAGCUAGCGGAUCUGGGUUUUGCUCACCUGGAAGAAGGUUCGGGAGUUAUCAUCCAUACGGACUUGACACGAGCGAGAAGGGGCGAGAGGAGACGCGGGCCCUGCGGCACGGUUGCGGGUCCGGGGUUGCGUGACGCUGCCCGGGCUGCCCCGCGCCGAGCCCGGGGGUCCGCUCCGCUCCCCCAGUCCGAUGGCGCCGGCCGCGCGCAGGGCCCCGGCUCAGGUAAGCGCUCGUCCCCCGGGCCCUCCCCGCCCGCUCCCCGCCGAGACCCUGAGGGCCGAGCGCGGGGCGCCUGCUCGCGUCCCUGCGGCCCAGGCCCCGGCGUCCGGGCUCCCGUCGAGGGGCACGUCCCAAGGGGCGACACUGAGCGCCGAGGCACAGAGCUUGAACUGCCAGCCCGCCGGCCCGUAGUCUCCAGGGCCGGGCGAGGAUCCAGGGAGCUCUGGGUCCGUGGAGCCCGCCGCGGCUUGUUGGUCCAGGGCUGGGCUGGCCUCUCCCCACUUCCCGCCGCCGCGGAAGCGCUGACGGAACCAACACGAGCCAGUGGGAGGUGGCGCAGCCCCGCCCUGGCCCUGCCCCGCCCCCCCGCUCGCCUCUGCCUUGUUGUGUCCCGGGACUCUUCAUGCCGUCCCCCAAGUCUUGGGUCUGGAGACCCUGGAGAAACCCCAAGCCCGUGCCAAGCGUUUCUGGCAACCGGUGUGUGCACGGUCAUUCCGGACACUCGGAGCGGGGCGCGCACGGGCCGCAGCUGACACGCAGCUGGAACUGUUCUUGCGGGUGGGAGCGAAGAGCAGAGGGACAGCGGCCAGGGCCGGAACGACGGCCUGAGAAGGGUAGGGUGACCUUUGAAGACGUGGCCGUGUACUUCUCCUGGGAGGAAUGGGGUCUCCUUGAUGAGGCUCAGAGAUGUCUGUACCAGGAUGUGAUGCUGGAGAACUUGGCACUUAUAACCUCCUUGGGUUGUAGGCAUGGUGCGGAGGAUGAGGAGGCACCCGAGCAGAAGGUUUCUGUACAAGGCGUGCCCCAGGUCAGGACUUUCAAGGCAGUCGUGUCUCCCCAGAAGGCCCAUCCUUGUGAGGUGUGUGGCCACGACUUGAGAGACCUUUUGCUCUCCACCGAGCACCAGGCAACACUUUGUGGACAGAACCUCUACAAGACUGGGGCAUGUGAGAAACAGUUGUGUUUUGAUGCAAACCUUCAGCACCAGAAGGAGCACAUUGGAGAGAAAUGCUUCAGAAGCAACACGGGCAGAGCUGCUUUUGUGAAGGACUACAAAUUGUGUGUGUCAGGGAAACCCUUUUCCUGCGGGGAGGUUGUCAGGGACAUCUUGGCCACCUCGAGAUUCUUCCAGCAGCAGGCCACACACAGCAGGGAGAAGUCAUACAGGACGACGGAGUAUGGGGCAUCCUCUCGUGGAAGGAAAGCGCAACACAACUGGGGAGAAGGCACAGAGGACUUGACUUGCAAACACAUGCUUGUUCACCACCAGAGAGACCUCGCUAGAGAGAGAUGCUUCAUGUGCAGUGAAUGUGGGAAAUCUUUUAGCAAAAGCUACAGCCUCAGUGACCACUGGAGAGUGCACACUGGGGAAAAGCCUUAUGAGUGUGGGGAAUGUGGGAAGUCCUUCAGGCAGAGCUCUAGCCUCAUUCAGCACCGGAGAGUUCACACUGGAGCAAGGCCUCACGAGUGUGACGAAUGUGGCAAACUAUUUAGUAACAAGUCUAACCUCAUUAAACAUCAGAGAAUUCACACUGGAGAACGGCCGUAUGAGUGCAGUGAAUGUGGGAAAUCCUUCAGCGAAAGCUCUGCGCUCCUCCAACACCGCAGUGUUCACACUGGAGAAAGGCCUUAUGAGUGCAGUGAAUGUGGGAAAUUCUUUACCUACCACUCCAGUCUCAUAAAACACCAGAGAGUUCACUCGGGAUCAAGGCCCUAUGAGUGCAGUGAAUGUGGAAAAUCCUUUACUCAAAACUCCAGCCUCAUUGAACACCGUAGAGUUCAUAGUGGAGAAAGGCCUUAUAAGUGCAGCGAAUGUGAGAAAUCUUUUAGCCAAAGCUCCGCGCUGCUUCAACAUCGGAGAGUUCACACUGGAGAAAGGCCUUAUGAGUGCAGCGAAUGUGGGAAAUUCUUUACUUACAGUUCCAGUCUCCUCAAACACCAGAGAGUACAUACUGGGUCAAGGCCUUAUGAGUGCAGUGAAUGUGGGAAAUCCUUUACUCAAAACUCCAGUCUCAUUAAACACAGGAGAAUUCACACUGGAGAAAGACCUUACGAGUGCAGCGAAUGUGGGAAAUCCUUUAGCCACAGUUCUAGCCUCAUUAAGCACCGAAAAGUGCACUCUGGAGAAAGGCUUUAGGAGGACAGUGACUUUGGGAAACGCUCACCUGUCUUCCAUUUCAAUGACCAUUCACAUAUUCACACUGAAACAAAAAAACUUUAUGAGUAUUUGAACGUGGGAUGUUCUUUACCUAUGAGUCCAAGCUCCUAAAACACCACAGUGUCUCCGUAGAUGAAGGCCUGUGAAUGUGAAGAAUGUGGGAAAUGGCUAACCAAAGGCUAGCCCCAUUGCUCUCCAGAGAACUCAUGGUAGUGAAAGGCCUUACAGAUGCAGUGAAUAUGAGAAAGCCUUCAUCUGAAGGACUUUACCUCAUAGGACUUCACAAAUUUCAAAUGGGAGAACUACCUUAAAUGUGCAGGUAUUUAAUUGAUGAAUGUAACCACACAGGAGGAGAUCCCUUAGGAAGGUGCCAUCUGCCUGUGUUGAAGCUCAUACAUUCAAACAUCUGCAUAAAUCCCAGAUAUGUGGCUGCUGCCUUGCAGUCUUUGAACCUGCCCAGGGGCCAUGCCUCAGUGUCAGGGCAAUUGCUGGAUCACUAAUGAAUACCCUGAGCGCUUACUCCUUCCCCGUUUUUCCUCUCCGAGGAGAGGGCAUGCAUGUCACCCAGUUUUGUCCUGCAGGACUGCUGGUGAUUUGAAAAGGUGGACGACAGGGGCGCCUGGGUGGCUCAGUCGUUAAGCGUCUGCCUUCGGCUCAGAUCGUGGUCCUAGGGUCCUGGGAUCGAGCCCCAUGUCGGGCUCCCUGCUCAGCGGGAAGCCGGCUUCUCCCUCUCCCACUUCCCCUGCUUGUGUUCCCUCUCUCGCUGUCUCUCUCUCUCUCUACCAAAAAAUGAAUAAAAUCUUAAAAAAAAAAAAAGGUGGACAUUUUUCAGGGAUGUUAUUAUCCUCGUGAGACUCUGUGAUGGCAUUUCCCAGCCUCCAAAUCACCAACCCGGGAACAGUCUGCCUCCUGUUGCUCUUGCUGUAUGACAAUAAAGAUCUUAUUUUUUAAGC